GCCCACGCUGACUACUAUAUAAUUCUGGAAUUCCAAACAAAGAACUUUGAAUUUCCAGUUUACCUGGUGAAUCCCCGCAGGGAAGACAACUGGUGGGAUAACAAUUAUCGUCCGAUGCCAUCGCAUGCAGCCAAGAAAGGUAGAUACGAGCUAGGGAUAGGAAUUGGGGGGUCAACCAACCACCACAUAAGGCUGGCUUCUUCUGCAAUCGACCCAUUCUCUCCCUUGACAAACAUGCCCUCACCCGUCAGAGCCGAUUUACAAUGUCAACAAUAACCCCCCGCCCCACCCUCGACCCCGGAUGGGCACCAUCAGUAUACGGCUGUAACAGGAAAGGUGACUUCUGGAGCUGGAACUUCCAUACCGAGAAUGAUCAGCGCACGGUCCUAGGAGGCCCAUCUCAGACCACCAACUGCCUCCCAUCGACCUGGGAUCCCUCCCAGGCCUAUGCAGGAACGCAAUGUCCGACGGGUUACACCUCUGCCUGUCUGUCAACCGGGUCGGCUAUGCCAACAACGACAGUUUGCUGCCCCACAAUUUAUUCGUUUAGUUGCGUUGAGAAUGCGAGCAAAAACCCCCACGGCCCCUGGUUUCCUUGUAUGUCGCAGUAUGACACUGCUACGAAACGAAGGAUUACCGUGACCGACUUCGCUGCGAAUACAAUCGACUUUACGGAUGUUAAUCAAGGAACCAAUCUUCAUCUGUUUGCCAUGGGUAUCAGCCAUACCAGUCCGACCGCAACCGACCCAGCGGACUCGGAUCCAACACCGUCACCCUCCGGUACCUCUGAGCCCAGCUCUUCGAGUAGCAUAAGUGCAGGUGCAGCCGCCGGUAUCGGCGUUGGGUCUGCGGCCGGUGUUAUGCUCAUAGCAUUGCUGGGAUGGUUCUUGCUCCUGCGAAGGAAGAAAGCAGAGUUGAAUGCCCCUCCAGUCGCCCAAUAUCCUGUACAAAUCGGUGACGGGAAAGACAUGACCCGUAAUACGCAACCCCAGGAAUUAUAUGGGGAUGGAGCGAGGGAACUUCCGGGUUAAGCAAUGGAGCGGGCUGUGCAGGGAUUGAGGCAUGGUAAACCCGGACUAUGCAUUGAUUGUUACGCCAAGGGCCUGGGGUAUAAUGGGAUUGUUAUGCGGUGCCCGGUUUUGAUAUCUUAAUUAAUUAAUACCCGAAGAUG